CACAACCACCCCCCCCACCCCCGACACGGGCAAGGACUACAACUCCCGGCAUCCCCCACGGCGCCACCUGCCUCCCGCCAAUCAGCGGGCGCAGGAGGCGGGACUUGGCGGAGACCUAACGGCCGGGUUAAUGGCCCAGGUUUCUCCGGCUCGGAAGUAGAUCUGCUCAUUUCCGGUGCUGAAACCCUCUGCGAAUUCAUCAUGAUUCUCCAACAGCUAUUCAGGUUUUCCUCCAUUUUCCGCUCUGCCAUCUCAAUACACUUGCGUAGGAACAUUGGCCUUUCUGCUAUAGUGUUUAAUAAGGCGAAGGAACUUGAUCCAGUUCAGAAGCUCUUUAUAGACAAGAUCAGAGAAUACAACAUGAAGAGCCAGAAAGCUGGUGGUCCAGCUGAUGUCAGCCCUGAAUACCAGAAAGACAUGACUGAAGAAAUUGCCAAAAUUCAGCGGUUGUAUGGUGGGGGAGACCUGACCAAAUUUCCAGACUUCAAAUUUGAGGAGCCCAACUUUGAAGAGCCUCAAAAAUGAUGUGGUUGACGUCUGCAUUCCAAGCACUGGUGUCAUCUUUUUCAUGGGGUUGUUAAAUAGGCCAGCAGUUGUAAUUUAAUGUGGAGUUUCACUUUCAAAUACUUGUUUGACUUCUGAACUCAAUACAGUACAAGUACAACAUGAUCCUUGUGAACUGCCAUAUUCAUAAAAUUCACUUUUGGAAAUCAAA